AACGACUCAGAUGAAAACUGGUCCUGGGGAACAGGUCGGGAUUUCCAGGGCCCCGUCCUGACAAACAUCAGGACGUCACAAAUCAGGACGUCGCAUGUCUGGGCUCGUAAUUCUUUCUUUAGCGUGCACCAGCGUCGUUUAGCGCCUGAUGAUCGGUGAGGUCGCGCCGGUGUAGCGUCGACUAGCUCCGAUUCGCGUGGAGCAGCGUCGUCGACAUAGCAUCGAUCAGCGUCGGUGUGCAAGGGCCAGCAAGGCGAUAUGGGCGACUCCCAUGAGUUGCCACAGAACCAGGAGCAGGACACGGUGGUCCGGAACGCGGGCAGGGCCCUCUUCACCAACCUGGAGGGGUUUGGCGCCGGCAGGGGCUGCUUCGAGGACGACUGCCAGUCCUCGGACAAGUUCGCGGCCAAGUCCAUCGAGUCGUGCACCAGGGUCUGCCAGUCGCUGCCGGGCUGCGAGUUCUGGGUAUGGGGCAGGGAGGACGGCGAGCAGAAGUGCUGGUUCCGCGUCGCGGACGACGGGAGGGAACCUGAGAAGGGCUGGGUCUCUGGAGCGAAGGGCUGCUUCCCUCCCGGGCAGAUUCCGAUGGAGAGGGGCAGCCCCGAUUGCUGGAUCGAGGGCUUUGACUUCGAUGUCUGUUGCGACGCGAAGUUUGGGCCGAGCGGAAAUACACAAUGCUGGGACGGUGUAUUUCUGUACGACAGGUGCUGCUUCCCGAGCUCAGAGCUGUGAUGCCGCACCUUCGGAGAAAAAAACAUCAUCGUGGUUGUGUGAGGCACGUCCUGAGGGCCAGAGCUCGGCAAGACGCGGGACGUCUUCUAUACCCCGAUUCUAUACUAU